UUCCUCAUUCCAUUAUGCGUUUUCUACCCUGGAAACUGACAGCCACCACAUACAGAUGGCAAACUGGAGGUAGGAUUUCACACCUAGGCAGUGUACAGCACACACAGUUCGAGGUAGGAACUGGGACGACAAGCCUUCUUAAACUUAGGAGGAUAUUACAGAGUGUUCAUCCCGUGACUCAAGCAGUCGGACAAUCUAGGACUUACCGUACGUGCCACAUGUGCUUGAACAAGUUUCGUCACACUGAAGGUCUCAUUUGCUUCAGGUGUCAAUGUGUGUGUUUCUCGUGUUCCUUCAGGUAGAACGUCAUGACAUGAAUACCCUCAGCCUACCCCUGAACAUACGCCGAGGAGGGUCAGACACCAACCUCAACUUCGACGUUCCAGAUGGCAUCCUGGACUUCCACAAGGUCAAACCCAAUGCAGACAGCCUGAAACAAAAAAUCCUAAAGGUGACAGAGCAGAUAAAAAUCGAGCAGACAUCCCGUGAUGGGAACGUUGCCGAGUAUCUGAAGCUUGUCAGCAGUGCUGACAAGCAGCAGGCUGGGCGCAUCAAGCAGGUGUUUGAGAAGAAGAAUCAGAAGUCAGCACACUCGAUCGCCCAGCUACAGAAGAAGCUGGAGCAGUACCACAGAAAGCUGAGGGAGAUUGAACAGAACGGAGCCUCUCGAAGCGCAAAGGACAUUUCUAAAGACAGCCUGAAGGAAAUACACCACUCUCUGAAGGAUGCCCACGUUAAAUCUAGAACUGCUCCCCACUGCCUGGAGAGCAGUAAGUCAAGCAUGCCAGGGGUAUCACUCACGCCCCCAGUGUUUGUCUUCAAUAAGUCCAGAGAGUUUGCCAACUUGAUCCGGAAUAAGUUUGGCAGUGCCGACAACAUCGCUCACUUGAAAAAUUCCCUGGAAGAGUUCAGGCCCGAGUCCAGCACCAGGGCUUAUGGGGGCAGCGCUACCAUCGUGAACAAACCCAAGUAUGGCAGCGAUGAUGAGUGUUCUAGUGGCACGUCAGGCUCAGCAGACAGCAACGGGAACCAGUCCUUUGGGGCUGGUGGGGCUAGCACACUGGACAGCCAGGGGAAGAUUGCCAUGAUCCUAGAGGAACUGAGGGAGAUCAAGGACACCCAAACUCAUCUGGCAGAGGACAUUGAGGCCCUGAAGGUGCAGUUUAAGAGAGAAUAUGGCUUCAUCUCUCAGACUCUGCAAGAGGAGCGUUACAGGUAUGAGCGGCUUGAAGACCAGCUUCAUGACCUGACAGAGCUCCACCAGCAUGAGACGGCCAACCUGAAGCAGGAGCUAGCCAGCGCCGAGGAGAAGGUGGCCUACCAGGCCUAUGAGCGCUCGAGAGACAUCCAGGAAGCCUUGGAAUCUUGCCAGACACGCAUCUCUAAGCUGGAGUUGCAUCAACAGGAGCAGCAGACCCUGCAGACAGAUGCCGUGAACGCCAAGGUGCUGCUGGGGAAGUGCAUCAACGUGGUUCUGGCCUUCAUGACUGUCAUCCUGGUGUGCGUGUCCACCCUGGCCAAGUUUGUCUCACCCAUGAUGAAGAGUCGCUUCCACAUUCUUGGCACGUUCUUUGCUGUGACUCUUCUUGCAAUAUUUUGUAAAAACUGGGACCAUAUUUUGUGUGCCAUAGAAAGGAUAAUAAUCCCAAGAUGAGCCACUGGUUCUUGCCUUCACAUUCUCUCAAGAUUUUAUUUUGAAGAAAACUCUGUGCAUACUACCAAAUUUCUGAAUGAACGGCUGUGCCAAAGAUGGCGAGAAGGACUGAAGCUGUGUGGUGUAAAUAAUUAGAGUCUCCUAACCCAGUAGCUGUUGCCAACAUAGUCCCUGUACGUGGUUAACGUGAAACUGUCCCAGAGUUCUCCCCAACAUUGCUCACUGCCUUAAUCAGAGCAGAUCUCCAGCCCACCUGGCGAGCUCGGCAUGGUAAAGCCCUGCUCAUUGAGCACUUGGCAUAAGAGUGACCCAGAGGAAAAGGGCCUCUCUCUCUUUCCCAUGAAUCUCUGUCACAUUGAGCUUCAUGAUUGCAAACAGCUGUGUUCUCUCUGAGCCCCACAAACAGCAAGGAUAUGGCAGGAUUCGGGGAAGUGAGCAAACACAAGUUAUUGGCAGUGUUGAGCUCUUGGGUGGUCUACUGAAGCUCAUUCAGUCUCUCUGUGACCUAUCCCACUUGUCCACGGGUGACUCUGUGUCCUAUUACGUACCCAGUGUUCACAUUAGUCAAUUGUGUAUGUCCUUGUAACAUGGAAAUCUUAUAGCUGCUUAUCUGGCAAAAGUCUGCCUAACCAGUAGCGCUGCACUUUACACAGUAGACACUAGGAUUUACAAAUGGGCUCUCCUCUUCUUAUGCCCAGGGAACCACACACCUGAUUUCAUCUUACCUGGUUAGCAGUGCCCUGCCCUUGGAGCUUACAGCCAUGCUUUUGUCAGCCUGUAGCUUUGAUAAUGCCGUGGGGUGCUUUGAGCAUCCCAGGGGAGGCUUAUGCUCUGGCAAUUGUUAACUGUGAUAAAUCCCCUUAGAGGGUGGGAUGCACUUUAUGUGAUUCACUUUACUCUCAGGUCUUCGGAGAUCAGGUUGCAAAACUUGUUCAGGAAACAAAAACAAGUGAUGCUCGUGUCGCCAGGUUUCAUUUUUCUUGAAGACAACAAAAUCAAACUUCAUAAAACAUAUGUGUGCGAGGAAGGACCUGGAGGCCUAAGAGGGAUGUGAACUUUUGGUCUAGUUGGAUAGUGGCUAGAUUAGUGUCGGGAGGGUCUACUUAGGGACAUGAAGGGCAGCGAGAAUAAAAGGAAUUAAGUCCAGUGCUGAAGCUCAGUUGCCGACAUCUGUCUUGAAGGCACAUAGUAAGUCAAGUUCUGAGUUACAGGAUAAACGUACUGCCAGUGAGCAGAAAAUGUGCAAGAGCUGCUGUUUACUGAUGAAACUGGUUUUCUGUGUGCACCACAAAGAGGAGAGAGAAGGUUAUAUUGGAUGCUGCCAGCCAGUCCCUGGUCCUCCCACCACACCUUCUGAAGUGUAAAGAUGCUGUUAAAUGUUUACUUUCUUCCAGAAGACACUCUCAAAUAUCUAAGUAAAUGGCUGUUCUUAGGGACAUUCUUGGGGUGGCAGAGGUAGGAGUAAGAUUAUUCAGCAGUAUAGACAAGUCCAGCGUAUAUGAGUGGGACUCACACAACUCCAGCCUUUCCCCCCCCCACACUCCUAACUUUUAAAUUAAUAAUUCAGCAAUUUUAGUAAAUUCACACACUAUUUAGCCAUUACCCUAACCAAUUCCAGAGGCAAGCUUUUGAAAAAUAAUAAACACCAUGAAAUGCUGAGUAUUUGGAAAUCAGGGAUGGGGGAGUUCCCAGCCCUACUCCUAUCCAUGCCUGUGUCCCCACACAGGGAACAGGUGGAGGUUUCUAGUCCGAGAACCACCAUCUUCCUUUAUUCCUGUAUUUUCACUGCCUGCUCCCUUACCUGGAGGCACCAGACUCUGUCUGCCUGCACCUUGAAGCAAGCUGGGCCCGGCUGGUCUCCCAUUGUCAAUUAUGAAUAUUUCCAAGUGUCUUAGAGCAUGCCAGGGCCUGGGGUGGCUGUGAGUGAGGCCGGUAGUUUACAGAUUGGGUAUAAAUGCAGCCUUAGAGGCUUAGUUAGGGCUCCAGGAGAACUCAGGAAGAGCAGGCCUGUUCUCAUGCCAGCACACACCCUACCCCUGCACAGGCUAGCGAGGUUCUGUUGAUUGACACUUCUCAAACCUGUGAUCCGUGUUUCUUCUCCCUGACGAGAGAGUAGGGAAGGAAGUUAGAGACGGGACACUCCAUGCUCUUCAAUAUGAACUUUGGACAGAAUCUGUUAGAAACUGGCACCGUCCUGCACUAAUGGAGUUGGGAGGGACACCCAAAUCAUCAUGAAUUCCUUCUAAAGAACCGGGAUUUUCCAUUGACUCCCAUUAAGUGUGGAAUCACCUUCUUUACCUGGGUGUGCUCAGCCCAUAUGGCGUCCUUGUUUUUCAGUCUAUAGAGAGCUCAUGAAACUUUUUAUUUUUUUAAGAAGAUUGUAUAGGUCUAGGAGACUUUGAUUCUACAGUUCAUGAUUCUCUUAAGGGCUAUACCCGUCUUUUGCUGUCUUGAACAUGCAGUGUACACACUGAAGAAAUUAGAGAGAGAGGUACAACUGUGACAUACCUUGGGAUUGGAAUUGAUUCACAACUGAGUCAGCCAGUCUUAUUUUGCACUUUACGUUGGUAGUAAACAUCUCAUGUAUUUCUUGUGCUGAAAACCAGUUGUGGAAGAGUAGGAAAGUACCUGCUCAUUUAGGGACACUGGUAAGGGAUUCUAGAUGCUGGACUUGGGAUCUUUGGUGACAUUAUCAUGAUUGAUCACCAGAAUAGUGAUUAUUGAGAACAUAACAGAACUUUAAGAUAUUAAGGAUAGCAAAUGUUAAUACUGUUGUCUGUGGGUUUUGAUUUUUUUCUCAGCUCAUAUUUUGUAUAUGAUUAAGCUGGAACAACCACCCCCCCCCACCAAAAAAAAAAAAAAAAAAGCAACCACUCACAAUGAAGUGUAACUGGAAGUACUCUCGAUGACUUUUGGACUGAGAACACACCACUCCCCAUCCCAAGUACCUGGCUCAUGGCUUAGUGGUUUUCAGGUGUUCUUAUCCUGUCAAUCGGCCUUCAUUCACGUGAACACCCUGUCAGUCUUGUUUUUAUUUAAGUAUUGCCCUCUGUGUGUACUUACUGUCUUGCUGAUUUUCCAACAGCAGGUGUAAUUACAGGUUGGAAUGUGGUGAGGGAGCUAGUUUCCCCCAAGCAAGUAAUUAGUUUGGUUCUUUGGGGUUGAAUUUUAAAUGCCAAAUUAUUUUGUGUUGGAUAGGACUGUAUAGUGGGGUUUUUUGUUGUUGUUGUUGUAAAAUCCGGAUCUGACAUUGGAAAAACAGAUAUGCUUAUUGAUAAGGAUGUGUGUGGUUAAACAGCCUAUUUUGCAUGUUUCCUUAAUUUUGACCUUGGGCAGGGGAAUGAAUACUGGCUUAUUUGGAGAGAUGGUUCAAAGUUAGCAGGUAACUUUUAAGGGUUCUAAAAAGACAAAUCACAGAAAACAAUUAGAUUGGCCUGUUUGUAUCAAAAAUAAAGAGCUUUAAAAAAUGUGUCAUUAACAGGACCUGGGUAACUCAUUAGAAAUAAAGCAAAAAUUCAAUUGCCUGCCGUGGAUUCAAUUCUCUGCUUAAUGAGGCCAGAAGUGAUAUAACACCUUGUGUAAGGGUGGUUUACAUGUCGCCCUUCUCAUAUAUUUAAAGCAUGUCUAUUGUGUUUGUCCUAAAAGAAACAUUUCAACUAAAUGUGCUCUGUGUUUAAGAUAGGCUCGGGCAGUGGCAGUAACCCUGACUAUAAAGUCAGGAACGCUGACUGUAGCCUCUGUUGCAGAAUCCCCCUCUUGUGGGAUGCUACAUAGUUUUGUAUCUGCCUAAAAUUGUAAUUUCUCUGUAGAUCUCCCCUAUGGUGGUGUCACCAAUGAAUUCAAAGCAGGUGCCAUUAUUUUUUAAACACUUGAUGUUUGCUUUGGUGUUAAAUAAAAGUACUAGAUUUCUUAAAUUUU